AGGGAAAGGCACAAGUCUCCUGCUCAGAGUGGCUGUUUUGGGUGUAGUUGCAACAGGCUUCUUUCUAGUUGUGGUCCUGAAGGUGUAACGGAAAAAGGGUUAUGGGUGGAGGUCUGGGGUGCGGAAAAUGAGAGAAGAACCUAUGUAACGUUGCUGACUGAGAUGCUAACCUGUUUGUUUCCCCCCUUUGUGCUGGGUUAGUACCAAUAGAAAAGAAGUGGAGGGUCAGCGUCCACUUCCCUCAUGCGAUGGAAAGCGAGUGAGAGCGAUGAGAUAGCAAGCAUUACUGAUGCCAGGUAAGAGCUGUCCAGCUGGGAGUGGAGCAGCCACCACUCUCAAUGAGAAAAGUGUCUGUUUUGGUGAUUGCUCUGCUCACGGCCCGCUUCGCUCCAGGUAGGCACGUCCCGUUAGCUAGGUCUGUGUUUGUAAGAAAACGUUCCUGACUAGCUAUGGUUCUGAGGGAGACAAGGUCCCCAUUUUCAGGGGCUGCUCACUUCUUUGUUCACAAGCGCUGUGUCCUCUGCAGAAAUCGUUAGAUCCAGAAAGUUGAUUCCAGGUGGCGAGUUGCUUGCCUUCCUCCUGUGUUUUUCUCUCUGUCUCUCUCCUCUGGUACGUUGGCCAACACACACCCUCUUCUGUCUCUCUGUUCUUGCCUUUCUUUGUGCUGUCUUCCUUUAUAGGACACGGGCGAGGUGCUAGGUGUGCAUCCCCACAGGCUAGGUCUUGGGAUCCAUGGAGAAGUAGAAGCGGAGAAAAUCAUGCGGGGCAGUGGGCGCUACAGUGGAGCAGUGACUGUCGGUGUUGACUCGGUCAUGGUUCAUCGAGUUGGCCUGAUGUAGAUGGGACGGGAGAGGGAGGCAGGGAUGAGGGCAAGAUUACUUGGACCAAUUGAAUUUUGUGUAGUGAUGGCUUUUGCUUGGCUUUUUUCUGUGCUUGAACUCAUCUCUGUUCAUUGAGUUGGGCUCAGGUGGAUGGCAUGGGAGAGGAAGGAAGGGAUGAGGGUAAGAUUUCAUGCACGAAUAGAACUUGUUGUACUGAUUGGUCAUGCAUGGGUUUUGCAUGUGCACUUGCAGAGGAAGUAUCCAGGAACCCCAGGCCGAGCAGAAACUGGCAGAAGUGGACCUGAUCAGCCUGAGCAUCCUUCUAAGCAGACAUGAACAGUCCUUUCCUUUUUGCCUCCCACUUAACUUGGUGUGGGCCCCCAGCGAGUACGAGACCAGCCCCGAGCAAGUCUUCUACUGCAUCGCCCACCUCACCCGCAGGCAGCAGGAUGUGCUGUGGGUGGUGGCUGUGACCUCGGCAGGACGCAGCAACAUCAGUGCAAAGGUCAUUGGGAAAGCCCAGACCAUCUCCUUCGGCGGCACCGUCACCAUUCCAUGGAUAAGGACGUGAGGCUGCCGUGCAGUGCAGUUGGGGAGCCGGCCCCUGUCAUGAAAUGGAC